UCCGUGGCUCCGCGAUUACAUCGAACUAAAUACACAGUUUAGAACACAAGCGACGAAUAAUUUCGAGAAAAAUUUGUAUAAAUUGAUGAACAAUGCUGUAUUUGGAAAAACGAUGGAAAAUGUACGCAAUCAUGUAGAUGUGAAACUGUUGACAAAAUGGGAUGGACGGUACGGUGCCGAGGCAAUGAUCGCGAAACCAAAUUUUCAUAGCCGAAGCAUUUUCACCGAAAACUUAAUUGCCGUCGAAUUACGGAAACUCGAAGUGAAAUUCAACAAGCCGAUCUAUGUGGGUAUGUGCAUCCUCGACAUAUCAAAGGUUUGCUUGUACGAAUUUCACCACGAGUACAUGUCUCCUUUAUAUCGCGAAAAAUGUAAAAUUAUGUACACAG